AUGGCGCCUUCGGCGGGUGGCAAGACCACGGUCCUAUCGCACUUGGCAGAUGCUUUUGGUGUGUCCUUGUCGACCUGUGCGAAGUGCGAUGGAGCGAUUUUCAGAGACUUUCAUGAUCAGUAUCGCCUCAUUUGCGAGAAUGGAGUUGCAAAUCAUGGCCUAUGGUACAAUGCCUGGCCAGCUGCAAAGUCGGUGGUGCAACGUGCCAAGAAAGAAGUGCUACGGCUUGCAAUGGCACGGAAGCAGGAGCUGGUGGUCUCUGAAACCGGAGCGGAGCUGGAGAACCUCACAUCCCUUGUAGCUGAAUUGCAGAAGAAUGGCUACAAAGUCUCGCUUCUCGGUAUCUUUGCUGAUCCCCGAUCCAUCAUGGAACGUGGAAUUGCCAGGGAGAUCAUCGAUGGGAAGCUCUACAACAGGAGCCUGAAGAAAUUGAAAGCAACCUUCCAAAAUUUUGGAAAGGCCAUUGCUUUGGUGGAUGGCAGUUUCAAAAUCGUGCACCCUGGCAUCCGAAAGCAAGGUUUGAGAAUGUGGAAAAUCUCUAUUGGUCUUGGUCCAUGGGGGAUGGAGGUUUAUGAUGGUCAAUGA